AUGGAUCGCCGUCAACACGGCUUGGAAGCCUACGGGACGGAUCCCGAGACAAAUCGAUUCUCGGGCAUCGAAGUCGUCAACAAUACUCCCGAAAAGUACUACGUCAGCCCGGAGUACGAUCAGAAGUUUCCAGCCAGCGAGAGACCGCCAGGUGCACCUAAAAACAGAAUAUGCGGUCUCUCAAGGCCCAUCUUCUUCUUAACCAUUGCGUUAUCGGCCCUCGCCAUCCUCGUGGUCGGGCUAGGCGCGGGGCUGGGCGUAGCAUUAAGCAGGGUGCAGGCCAGCCCGAACAACAUGAAUACUGCUGAUGGGAGUACCAACGGCGCAAGCCAAGACCCCCUAACUUUGUCAUCUGCAGUGCGCACAUUGCCGGCAUCAUCAACCUCAGCCCCAGCCUCCACAUCAACACCAUCAUCAACCGACACUGCCACCACCACCUCCAGCUCCACAUCCUCCUCCCGCCCCAAACCAUCCAACAUCUGCCCCAGCGCCGACAACAGCGUCGUCAAGGGCACGGUGGGCGACGUACGGUACCGCGUGGCGUGCGACUCGGACUUCAGCGGGAGCGGCAAGGAGACGCUGGCCUCCUUCUUCGCGGCGACGUGGGACGACUGCCUGAGGCUCUGCAACACCAUGAACUACUUCCAGGAGCGCACCGAUGUCGGCUGCACCUGGAACGUGGCCGGCACGGGCCAGCAGACGCCCGGGACCUGCUGGUGCCUCGGCGGCGCCGACAAGGAGCUGGUGCCGAACGUGGGGAACGUGGCUGCCGUGCCCAUGUGA